AUGGCUAAGUUAAGCUUCACGUUUUGCUUCUUGUGGUUUCUUCUGCUAGCCUCAGUUGUCACCGGAACCCGCCCUCUUGAGAAGACUCCCGUCGGGGUAAAGGUAAGAGAGUUAAGCACAUCUAAUGAGGCGACAACCCCAACUGUAGCAGAUGGUCAAGCUACCGGGGGCAGUGGCAGGCAGGAAAAAUCUCUGGAGAGGUUAAGCCCAGGAGGAUCCGACCCGCAGCAUCAUUAGGGUUUCCUUUAUAACUGAGAGUUGUUCUCAAUUUCUUCCACAUAUGAAUAUCUUAUUAUCAAUAAAUUGGUUG